UUCUUUUAUUCUUCUAAUCUCAUCAUAUCCCUUCAAUGAAAAAUGGCACACAACACUAAACUAAACCCUAACCCUAAUCCUAACUCUAACCGUAUCGAAACCCUAGCCAUAACACUUACAGAAGAAGAAACGAAAGCUAAUAAAUCCGUAUCAAAAUUCAAAUCAAUCAAAAUAAAAGAUGUUGCAUGGUUAAUAUCAAUAGUAACUAUCAUUCUUUCUCUUCCAAUUUUAGCCUCAGCCGUAUCGUUACUUUACAUGCAAGAUUACGACUGUGAGAAGCUUUUAAGCUUACCCAAAGUUCAAACAGGGAUAGCCGUCGGCUUGUUAUUCGUAUUCUUGAUUAGUAAUGGUGCCGUUUAUGCGAGCCGUAAAAUUCCGGUACCGGGAUUUUUUAUAGCUAUGGUGUCUUUGCUUUUUAUAUUUACUAUGGGGCUUGCACUCGUGGGAUCUGAUAAAAUGGAGAGUAAAAGAGUAAUGGCUACACCAAGGUGGUUUAAAGAUAAAGUUGGUGAUGAAUAUUAUUGGACAAAUAUUAAAUCUUGUAUCUAUAGCAAAGGUUUUUGUGAUGAUCUGGCUUAUAGAUCAGUAAAUGUUAAAGCAUAUCAGUUCAGUUUAAAGAAAUUAUCAUCUAUUGAGGAUGGAUGCUGCAAGCCCCCAGAUUCAUGCAGAAUGGAGUAUACAAAUGCAACAUAUUGGACAAAAGGUGACAAUAGGAUAUUUGAAGAAAGAUCUCAUAAUAAAAUAUAUAAUGGAGACUGUGAAAUAUGGAAUAACAGCAGAAACAUGUUAUGCUAUGAAUGUGAGUCUUGCAGACAAGGUUUUGUUCACAUUCUUGAAACCAAAUGGAAGAAAUUAGGAGUUUUCCUCAUUGUUAUGCCAUUAUUUCUCAUCAUUGCUCAUAUUUUAUUGUUCAUUGUUGUCAUGUGGAAGCGCUAUUUAACACAAAGUUGAUGAUCAAGAUUUUUGUACUUCUGUUAAAUCAUUUGUAUUUCUUGUUUUUUGAUAAUUUGUUUUUUUUUAUAUGUAAUAAAGAAUAUAAGGUAUUUUUCCCAUUAUUCUUUGAGAUUAUCCUUUUCA